AUGGAUGAUUUACCAGAUGAAGUAGCAUGGAACAUAUUGCACAGACUAAAAACAACUUCAGAUAGAAACUCCGUUUCUUUAACAUGUAAGCGCCUCUAUGACUUGGACAACAAGCAACGGACAUCGAUCCGUAUCGGCUGCGGCAUAAACCCGGCCAACGAGGCCCUAACCUCCCUCUGCACUCGAUUCCACAACCUCGAACGAGUCGAAAUCUCGUACUCCGGUGGUUGGAUGUCCAGAUUAGGACAACAGCUCGACGACCGCGGACUUCACAACCUCUCGCUCGGCUGCCCGUUUCUCAAAGACCUCACGUUGAGUUACUGCACUUCCCUCGGCAACAAUUGGCGGAGAUUGAAACGGUUCGAGUUCUGCGUGGAGGCCCGGUACUUAAAUGGUUACGGUCGUGCGGCGGCCGACAGGUGGCGAGACCAGGACAUCUCGUGCGAUGAUAUGGUCGAGCUCAAAUUCGUAAACGGGAUUAUCAGCUGCAUUCUCGGAAAAUGCACGAAUUUGCGGAAAUUACACUUGGACAUGUGUCACGGCGUGCAGGACUCGGAUAUUUCGAGCCUCGCCCGCGCGUCGACCGAGCUCCGCUCGGUCGACAUACGCGUCCCAUCCAAUUUUUCGAACCACCCGACGAGGCUAACGGACGUGUGUCUUCGUGCGUUGGCGAGAUACUGCACGAGACUCGAGACGGUUAGGCUUUGCAAGGACGGGGAAACUUACUCGUCGUUCACGUUAGACGGGAUUCUGUGUUUGGUUCGGAUGUGCCCGGUGAAGGAGCUGGCGUUGAACCACGUGUGCUCGUUCGGGGACUUGGGAAUGGAGGUUACAACACACAUUCAAAUGGCAUUUAUUCCUAUGAAACAGUGCACUCGGGGACUUGCCUCCUCCACCACCCCUAGGCUGGCGGCCACCUCCGUGGGGGCCGCCCACCACCACCAAAGCGCCCAUUCCGGCGGGUUUUUGAGGAGGAUAGGGGCCCAGGGCCCGAUGGGUGUGGUUAUCGGCAUCAUUGGUGGUAUGGUGGGUUUGGCCGCGUGCAUCGGAAUCCACACCGCCAAGCAACAGCUCCUCCAUUCCCCUUCCGUGCAGGUCACCAAGAAGAGGAGGGAGUGCAUCCCGGAGGUCGAAUCACCCGACGAUAUCGUCAGCUCGGCCGACAAGUUUGUCCACAAGUCGUUCCUAAGGAAGGUCGGCCGCAUUCAGGAAAGGCACGGCCACAAUGUAGACGAGCAUGCGCGCUAUGGGCACACUCACGGCUCGCCCGGAGUCGAAACCUUGAAAUCGGUUGGGGUCCGUACUUGA